AUGGGAGAAAUUAUUCCUCCCGGUUUCCGAAGAGACUGCGGGCUGGCAUGGUGCGCGGGAGCAGCGCGGCACCUCCGCACAGCCCGACGGCGGGCACCGGGCGUCCCGGGCCGGCUCCCGGCCCCGCCACCCUCGGCUGCACUCCGCCUCCCGGCACGGAUCCGCUCCCGCCCCGCGCCGGGACGGCUGACCCCAGCCCCAGCGCCGGGAACACCAACCUGCGGGAGACUCAGGCACUUCCGAGGGGCGGCGGAGCGGCAGCGCGGCCCCGGGCCCGCAGCACGGCCCGGGGAGCCCUCGGAGCCCUCGGAGCCCUCGGAGCCCCGGCCCCUCCGCAGGAGCCGGCGGCACCCCCGCGACGGCAGCGGGAACGGGGCUCCGCCGGACCGGGCCCCCCGACGGGCGCCCCGAAAGCCAGCGCCCCGCGCCCGCCUCCCCCGCCGCGCCCUGCCCCCGGCGGCCAAGCCCCCCGCCGACGGGGGCGAGACUCACCCGGCGAAGUACGGGGAGCACGGCAGCCCCGCCAUCCUCCUCAUGGGCUCUAAUAAUGGAGGACCUGUUAUAAAGCCCGACUCGCAACAGCCGCUGGUGUGGCCUGCCUGGGUCUACUGCACUAGGUAUUCAGACAGACCGUCCUCGGGCCCCCGCACCAGGAAGCUGAAGAAGAAGAAGACGGAGAAGGAGGACAAGCGGCCGCGGACGGCGUUCACGGCCGAGCAGCUGCAGCGGCUGAAGGCGGAGUUCCAGGCGAACCGGUACAUCACGGAGCAGCGGCGGCAGAGCCUGGCCCAGGAGCUCAGCCUCAACGAGUCCCAGAUCAAGAUCUGGUUCCAGAACAAACGGGCCAAAAUCAAGAAGGCGACGGGCAUUAAGAACGGGCUGGCGCUGCACCUCAUGGCCCAGGGACUCUACAACCACUCCACCACCACGGUGCAGGACAAAGAGGAGAGCGAGUGAGGCGGGCGGCCCCAGCCCAGCCCUGCGCCGCGGCGCCGGCCCGCCGGCCGGGAGGCGGACAG